AUGGAACAGCAAGAAGUGAAGGAUAAACUAAAGACAGGGGAACUGAAAAGGAAACCCCACACCGUCUCCCGUAGCUGUACUCUGGGCAUGCCCUGUGCUCCAGAUCUGGACGACAGCAUGUGUGGCAAAGCAGCCAAGGUGGCAUCGGUGAGGGUUCAGCUGGAGAUGCACUCUUUAUGGGAGCAGUUCGAUCAGCUGGGAACCGAGAUGAUUGUCACUAAGGCUGGCAGGAGGAUGUUUCCCACGUUCCAGGUGCACAUCUCUGGCAUGGACCCUGACUCAGAGUAUGUCCUGCUACUGGACUUCAUCCCUGUGGAUGACAAGCGCUACCGGUAUGCGUUCCACAGCUCCUCCUGGUUGGUGGCGGGUCGUGGUGACGCCUCUCCCCCUGGCAGGGUCCACUUCCACCCUGACUCCCCUGCCAGAGGCUGCCAGUGGAUGAAGCAGACCGUCUCCUUCGACCGGCUCAAACUCACCAACAACCUGCUGGAUGACAACGGACAUAUCAUCCUGAACUCUAUGCACUGCUAUCAGCCGCGGCUGCACGUGGUGCUGGUGGACCCCCGUCGUGAUAGCCAUGUCUACGCCCAGAGGAACUUCUGCACAUUCACCUUCCCAGAGACACGCUUCAUCGCAGUCACCGCCUACCAGAAUCACAGGAUCACACAGCUAAAGAUUGCCAGUAACCCCUUCGCUAAAGGUUUCCGGACGACAAACGCAGAUGACUGGUAA